AUGAACGGGAUGCAUGGGGGAGGAGAGGGGGAACUUCCUGAUGUGGAGAGGAAGGCAGUGUGCAAUGGGACGCAUGGGGGAGAUGGAGGAGAGAAGGCAUUGCAGAGCAAGAAGGAGGAGGGGGCUGUUGAGAAGGAUAAGAGUGACCUGGGAGAUGAGUGUGCUAACGGAAAUGGGGGAUUAGGGACAGGGGGGAAAGGGCAGAUGAAAGAGGGUAAUGGAGGGGAUGCUGGAGCGAGUGUGGAAGCGGGGGAAGGACAGGGGGGAGGGGAGAGAGAGGGCGGUAAGGUGGAGGGCGACGGCGAGAGGGCGGGUGGUGUAGAAGGGACUGUUGAAGGAUCAGCGGGAGUGAACGGGAUUGCGGAGCUUGAAGAUAAGACGGCAAAUGGGAAGACAGAAGGCACAGUGGUGGAAGAUGUAAAGGUUGAGAGCGGUGGGGUGGUGGAGGGUGUGAGUAAGGGGGAGAUAGAGAGCGGUGGGGUGGUGGAGUGUGUGAGUAAGGGGGGAGAUAGUCAAGCGAAGGGCGAGGAUAAGAAUGUAGGCACUACGAAGCUGGAGAGUGUUGGGGCAGUAGAGGGUGCAGUAGAGACUGCUGGGGCAGUAGAGGGUGCAGUAGAGAGUGCUGGGGCAGUAGAGGGCGAAGAGGGGAGGGGAGAAAAUGGGAAGGGCGAGGAAGGGAUUAAAGAAGAAGAAACAGGGGCGAAUGGGAAGGUUGAAGGCUCUGUUGUAGGCUCUAUGAAGGUGGAGAGCGGUGGGGCAAUGGAUGGUGCAGGUGUUGUGGGAGAUAGUUGCAAGAAGGUCAAAGUGGAAAAGGAAGAAAAUGGGAAGGGCGAGGAAGGGAAGGGAGAAGUUGAGAAGGGAGAGGAAGGAAAGGAAGAGGACGGAGAGGAGGACAGAAAGGAGGACGAAGGAGUGAAAAAAAGCAAAGCUGCAUCGGGCAGCAAGAAAGGGCGGGUGUCGGGAGGUGUGGCUCGGACUGCUGUCGCCCCUGCUAAAGUGAUCCUCCCGCCCCAGACCAUGCGUUUGACGAUGCUCGACAUGUACAGUGGCUGUGGUGCCAUGUCCACGGGGAUUGAGAUGGGUGGCACUCCCAGAGGCGUCACCAUCGACACUUGCUGGUCCGUGGACUUCAAUGCUGCUGCAUGCGAGAGUAUGAGAUACAACCACCCACUCUGCCAGGUGCGCAACGAGACAGCAGAUGAGUUCCUGGCAAUUCUGCAAGAGCUGCCGUCCCUGCUGGAGCGUUACGGUGCAGGCUCAGGUGGCCCUGGAGGACCUCGUGGGUCCGGUGGGCCCGGUGGGUCCGGUGGGUCUACAGCUGCUGCUGCAGCAGCGGCACCAGCUGUGCUGAUGGGUGCGGGUGGUGAGAAGGCCGGCCGGAACAAGCGGCAGAAGGGCAACGGUGCUGCCAGCAAGGGCAGCUCUGGGACGGCGAGGGGGAAGACAGAGGAGGAAGAUGAGGAGAGCAGUGACGAGGAGAUUGAUGAGGGGGAGUUUGAGGUGGAGCGAAUUGCCGGGGUGAGGUACAUUGCUGCCACGGAGAAGGGGCGGCCGGCUGGCAUUUACUUCAAGGUUCAGUGGAAGGGGUACGGACCAGAGGAGGACACCUGGGAAGCAGAAGAGAGCCUCAGCUCAUGCAAGCCGGCUAUCCGGGACUACCUGGUGGAGGUGAAGGAGAAGAAGCUGUUGCCUCUGCCGGGUGAUGUGGACAUCAUCUGUGGAGGCCCCCCCUGCCAAGGCGUGAGCGGGUUCAACCGGUUCAGGAACACAGAGGACCCUCUAGCCUGCGAGAAGAACCGGCAGCUGGUGGUGUUCAUGGACCUGGUGGCGUGGCUGGCGCCCAAGUGGGUGCUCAUGGAGAACGUCGUCGACCUCAUGAAGUUCAAGGAGGGCAUUCUGGCGAAAUAUGCCAUCGCCCGCCUCGUGGCCAUGGGGUACAAGUCUCGCACGGGGAUCAUUGCCGCCGGGUGCUUCGGAGUCGCUCAGUUUCGCCUCCGAGCGUUCUUCUUCGGCGCCUUGAAUGGCCAUGCGCUUCCAAGCUUCCCCUUACCCACACAUCUCGUCGCGAAGGAGAGAGGUUGCGUGCCCACCCGCUGGAUGAGGAACUUUGUCGGGUGGGAGGAGAGGUCUCCUGUGUUGAAGACGCUGAAGCCCGCUCUGGUGCUAAAGGAUGUGAUCUCCGACCUCCCACCGGUGACAAACGCCACGACAACUGACGUCAUGGAUUACACCAAGCCACCUGCCAACAAUUUCCAACGAUUCAUACGCCUCCCCAAAUCCGCCUUCCGUCCCCCUCCCCCGGAUGCGACCUCCCCCACCUCGCCCUGGUCGUGGGAUGCCAACCCCAAGCUGCUGGAUCACCGCACACACAACCUCAACGCCGAUGACUUCUAUCGCGUGGAGAGGAUUCCCAAGCGCGAGAAAAUUCUUCACCCAGAGCAAGAUCGAGUGCUGACUGUGAGGGAGAAUGCUCGGCUUCAGGGCUUCCCAGACCAUUACAAGCUGUUUGGCGAUGCCAAGGAACGGUACUGCCAAGUGGGCAACGCAGUAUCAGUCCCGACUGCCAUGGCUCUCGGGUACUCCAUCGCAGGAGCUGCACUAGGAGGCACCUCCACUGCCACCUAUGGCCUCCCAAGCUCCUUUCCCUAUUUUCACUGA